AUCAUGCUUUUAGUUCGUAAUUCCUUGUUUUUGUAUGAUAAGAUGUUUUUAUUUUAUUCUCCAAUUUUUGAAAAUUAUUUAGUCAUAAUUUGACGAAUUAAUUAUAUUAUUUAUUGUUAACUUGUGAAUUAAAGAUCUUUAUAGUUAUGAAGAGCACAGUUACAAAAGAAAUAGUCAAAUUCGGAAAUGAUGCUUCUCGACGUUUGUACAGAGGAGCCACAGAAGCUGCAAGGAAACUGGAAACUCGUCUAGGACAAGGAUCAAAUUUAACAGAGCUGUUUUCUUCUGAAAUAACAGAGUUAAGAAUGAGGUUGAAAGACUACUGUGAGCGACUAAUAUUUGCUGAUCCUGUUGAAUAUGGUAAAAAAGCGGAAGAUCUUCUAUGGCGCAAAGUUUUUUAUGACUUUUUCUGGCGGUGUAAACAGAAUAGAAGAAAACUUUUAGAAUCUGAAUAUCAUAGGAAUGCCUUUCGUAGUCACUUGUUAGCUGGAAUUGGAUUUUAUCAUCAUUUGUUAUUACGAAUACAGACAGAAUUCCACUUGAAUCUGGAAGGAAAAGUAGAUGUUCCAUUACUUUGGCAUUUAAAGGGCGUUAAAAAAGAGAGAUGGAAAAAAUAUCAGCUGUCAGCAGCUAGUGAUGAGAAUGUGCAGACUUGGGCAGAUCAAGCAAGUCAUCGAAUAUUGAUAUAUCUUGGAGAUUUAGAACGAUAUAUUGCAGAGCUAGAUGAGCCUGAAAGCAACCAUCUUGCUGAAAGAUAUUAUCAACAAGCUUUUUGUCUCAACAGCCAAAAUGGAACUCCUCAUAAUCAAUUAGGUUCUCUAUAUUCCAAUAGAUUUGAUUCAGCAUAUCAUUACAUGAGAUGCUUGUCGAGUCGUGAAAGAUUCGAGGGUGCUGAUAAUAAUCUAGUACGCUUGUUUGAGAAAAAUGAAGAAGUGAUAAAGCAGCUGUAUUCAUCUGACUGUGUUGAAAAAAAGUCAUUGAAAUGCACAAGAUUUUUAUCUAGGUUCUUAAAAUUGUGCCAAAUGUUUUAUUUUAAGCCCAGUGAAAAUUAUAAUGCCCAAACAUACUGCCAGGAUAUUCUUAAAGAAUUUGGCAUAACUCGCAGUGCCUCAACUUAUGAAAAUGAUUCUGAAACAGAAGAUAUAGAUGCCUGGCUCUCUGAAGAUAUAAUUUUUAAAGUGGUGGUCAUGUCUUUGUUAUGUGUAUGGAAGUCGCAAGAAAAAGGUCCUACAUAUGCUUCUGUUGCUAUAUCAUUUUCCUUUGCUUUCUUCUCUUAUGUUGUACAAAGAGUCACAAGACAGUUGUCAAUAGCAAUACUGGAUUUAAAGCCUACAGAAAGUCUUCAGAAUGGGUGUAUAAUUGAAAAUGAGAAGAAUCUUUCAAAACAAUUAACACUGUCCAUUUCCAAGGAACAAUUAGAUGACACAAGUGAAGAAAAUGAAAUAAACAAAGACCUAUUAUUAAAGAAAAUGUCUGGGAAAAAAUCAAGUUUAAAGAAAUUUUCUGCACGGCGCUUGCAUAGAUUGCGUCGCCGACGGAAACUUAGCAGCACAAGCCAGGAUGAUUCAGAAUUGAGUGAUGGAGAAAUGUCAGAUUUACCAGAAUCGGAUGAAGAAAGUGGUUUGCUAAAUUCUGAUGUAAGUUGUAGUAGUGAGAGUGAUGAUGAAGAUGAAAAUAUAAUUGAAGAAAAUGGCCUAAGCAUUGAUGGUGAAUUGGAUGCUAAUUUAGAUAAUAACUUAAUUCUAACUAAUGGAAUUUCAAAAAAUCUUUCUGAUGAUAAUGCAAAGGAAAAUCAUGAUGAAAGUGAUAAAAACUCUUCUAUAGAUGUUAAUAGUGUUCUUGGCAACCCUACUAUAGCUCCAGAAAAGUUUGUUCAUAUUCUCCGUAAGAUAAAACUGUUGCCUUGUCUCAAGAUUCUAACAGAUUGGCUUAGAAUAAAUGAAAACAUUUUAUCUGCUGGUGCUGUGACUUCACCAUAUCUGUUAUCUUGUCUUAUUGAACUGUUAAAUAUACUGCUAAAAAUAGAAGAUAAACUUUCAAAUGGUACUAAUCGUUUUCAGAGACUUUUAAAAAAUGAUGAAACUGUCAUUCAAGAUUAUCCAUUACCUGAAGAUACUGUUUUGCAAUCUUUUCCCAUAUUAAAAGAUAUACAUUCUAAGCUUUCUUUUGAUGUUUCUAAAAGGAGAGCUCUAUCUACUUCAGAACAAGUAUAUCUAAGAGUACAAUGUUUGCUUUCAUUUGGAAAAUGUGUCAUCAAAGCUUCUGAAUCAUCAGUGGAUUUUGAUUCCGAGAAAAAGAAAUACUAUUUUAAUCUGAGUAAUAAAGCUAAAGAAUCUAAUAAGGAAGAAAUGAGUUCUGUUAAAACAGCUAAUCGUGAUGCAGAAAGCCAAAAACACUACUUGAUGAGAAGCAUGGCACAUCUGUGGUUAAAAGCUGAAGUAGAUGAUUUGGAAACAUUUGUUGAAGGCCAGGCCUCUCGUCAAUUAUCCCCAAUUCUAGUUACAGAUGCCAGUGUUUUGUGUUGUAAUUUACCUGCCAUAAAGCAACUUGUUAAUACCAAGAAGUUCAUAGUUGUCGUUCCAUUAGUAGUUAUUGCAAAUCUGGAUCAAUUAAAAAAAGAAAGCAUUGCAGCAAGAGAGGCUACUCGGUGGUUAGAAUUUGAAUUAUGUAAAGGUGGUCGCCAUGUUCGAGCGCAAAAUCAAGUGGAGAAGAGUAGUCUAGUCCCAAUGAAAUAUCCAAGGAAAAAAGAUAAAGAAGCAUGGGACUUUUAUCAAGUGCUUGAAUGUUGCAACUACCUUGUACAACAGCAAACCAAUGGCAAAUCGAAUUGCCAUCUAGUCACAUUAUUGGUUGGAUCAUUUCACCAUUUGCCUGAUAAUGCUAUUGCAAUUGCUCAAUCUAUAGAUGUUACUAUUGAGAAAAUUGGAAGCUUUUUUGCAAAAUGGCGUACUUCCCUGAAGAAACCUGGCUGAGAAAUUCAAACGAAAUUGUCUACUGGUUUCCCAAUGCAAUUCUGUGUGGCAUUCUGGAAGUCCUGUCAGCAACCACCUGGUUCUCAAGUCUGUCAUUUUUAAAGGGGGUUUAAACUUGCCCACGGCCUAUCGAGUUGUGGCAGAAUUCAUGUCGACAACAUUAAGCUACAAUUUAAACAGGUUUUAAACAAUUACCUGUAUGAAAAUGUGAACUCUGUACUUCAUUUUUUACAUCCUGAUUUGGAAGUUUGUAUCUCAGUGAAAUUAAAGCUGAAAACAUGCAAUAAAUUUGUUGAUUUUUUU